GUGUGCCCCGGCCGCAAGAUCCGACUUCGCCCCCACCGGCCGACGACCCCGAGACCGACGACGACGACGACGAGAAUGGACUCGGCGACGCUGCACAACAUCCUACUGCACACCUUUAGCGAGGACGCGGCCGCGCGCUCGGCGGCGGAGGCGGCCAUCAGCGGCCUCCACAGCGUGCGCGGCUCGGUCGUGCUGCUCGUGGAGCUCGCGACGCGGCCAGACGUCCAGCGCGAAAUCCAGCAGGCGGCGGCCAUUUUGCUCAAGAACCUCAUCCAGGGCCAUUGGGGCCACGACAGCGACUGCCAUCCUGUCGAGCCCGAGGCCAUCUUCCCGGACGCCGACAAGGACGAGUACCGCAAGUUUAUCCUCCAAGGCCUCUUUGACUCGCACGUCAACUCGAUCCAGAACCUCAUGGUCGAAUCCGUCAACAUCAUCGCACGCCAGGACUUUCCCGAGCGAUGGCCGACGCUCAUCGAAGACAUUCGCGCCACGCUCCAGUGUGGCGACCCGCACCGCAUCUGCAACGCACUGCUCGCGCUCCGCAAGGUCGUCAAGAUAUACGAAUACAAACCGCCCACGCAACGCGAGACGCUCAACGUGAUUGUGGUUGCGACGUUUCCGCUCCUUCGCACGAUGCUCCAGCAGCUCCUGAGCAAUCCGUCCAUCGAGGCAGGGCACAUGGUGCACUUGAUUUGCAAAAUCUUUUGGUCGUGCGUCCAGUGCACGCUGCCGCCGUAUCUGACGGUCGAAGAGAUGACGGGCUGGAUGGAGCUGCUCAAGACACUCAUGUCCAAGCCGAUGCCCGAGCUCGCAGGCCCGAGCUCGCCUGACGACGAAGAGACGCGCCACCGCCACCCGUGGUGGAAGGCGAAGAAGUGGGGCAUCCAGAUCAUCUCGCGCUUCUACACGUCGUGGGGCAACCCAAAGCACGCGACCGCGUCCCAAGCGAUGGCGACGUUUUUCCGGUCGACGAUUGCGCCGCAUCUCCUCGUCUCGGUGCUCGAGACCCUCGCGCUGCGUCCGCAAGGCCAGUUUUGUCCCGACCGCGUCGUCCAGCUCUGCCUCGUGUACCUCCAAGAAGCGAUCAUCUCGGGCGCGUCGUACCAGCAGCUCUUGCCGCACUUGGAUUUCGUGCUCUUUAAAGUCCUGCACCCGGUCAUGUGCCUCACGCCAGCCGACCUCGCCGUGUACGAGGCCGACCCGCAAGAGUAUGUCCGCCGGACCAACGAUGUCAUGGGCGAGUACCUCCAUCCUGUCUACGCCGCCGAGACGCUCCUCUCGGACCUCUGCACCAAGCGCGGCAAGCACUGCGUCUCCAAAGUCCUUGGGUUUUACAACCACAUUCUUGUGACGCCGGCCAACGACGAAGACGGCUGGAUCCAAAAAGAGGCGGCGCUGCAUGCACUCGGCGCCCUCGAUGCGUUUUUAACGUUGUCGCCGGCCCACCAGUCGCAAAUGGAGUCGAUCGUGCUCGCACACGUGCUGCCGGCCUUUCAGAAUCCCCGCGGCUACAUGCGUCUCCGUGCGACGAAAAUGGUGUCGCGCAACUACAUGACCAAGCUCGUGUUUCAAGACUCGACCAUGACGCAGCUCGUGAGCUGCGUGCUGGCGACGCUCCAGGACCCGGAUCUCCCCGUGCGCAUUGAAGCCGCCAAGAGCUUUCGCCACCUCGUCAUGUACAACCACACGACGAUCGUCCUCGACGUGCUUCGCCCUGUGCUGCCGACCGUCCUGGAGCAAUUCUUCAAGAUUAUGGACGACAUGGGCUUCUCGGACGAAGUCAUCUUGGCGCUCGAGCAGCUCAUUGACCAGUUUUGCGAUGAAAUGGGCCCGUACGCCGUUCAGCUCGUCUUGCGCCUGAGCCAGCGCUUCAAGCAGUGUCUCGAUGCCGAAGACGACGAAGACGACGCGUGCUUGACGGCCGCGUCGUGCCUCGACACGAUCAACACGGUGCUCAUGAGCAUCUACAACCACCCCGAGCUCUUUGAACCGCUCCUCGACGCGCUCAUUCCAAUCCUGCACCUCUUGCUGAGCUCGGACAGCUACAUUGACUUUGUCGAACCGGCGCUCGAUAUCGUCAAGUCGAUUACGUUUUACUCCAAGUCGAUCCACCCGAAAGUGUGGCUCCUCUUCCCGUCUCUCUUUCGCGGUGCCGACGCGUGGGGCAGCGAGUACAUGCACUCGUUCGUGGCCGUGCUCUUUAGCGUCAUUGGGCGCGACGCGAACGGGUUUCUGCAAGGCGUGCUCCAAGUCAACCUGCCGACCGGCGUCAAGCGCAUCUCGUACCUCGAGCUCGUCUUCAACUUUGUGCGCAAGCUCCUGCACAAGCCCGAGGUGGACGAAGAAGACGUCUGGGGCGCGUGCCAGACCAUGGAUUGCAUCCUCUUCAACUGCGACGGCAUCGACAUGUUUGUUCCGCCGUGCCUCCAGCUCGUGUGCAUGCGGCUCAGCCGCACGCCGCAGCAUGACACGCGCGUCGUCACGUCGCUGCUGGGCGUCGUGCUCUCGGCGCUCCACUACAGCGUGCCGUUGACGCUCUCGGUCCUCGACAAGAUGACCGUCGUCGAACCCGUGCUCAACUCGCUCUUGCGGAACGCCGAGGUGCGCACGCGCUACUCGGAGCAAAAGGUGUUUGUGCUCGGGAUGGUGUCGCUCCUCCGCGUGCCCCAGGCCGAGCUCCCGGCCGUCGUCCAGACGCAAUUCUCGACGAUUGUGAUGCUCGUCCUGCAAAAGCUCACGCACAUUGUCGAGGCGAGCCGCCACUCGACCGACGACGGGCUGCGGUCGUACCAGGACCGCAACGACGAGACGCUCAAGGCGCUCAUUGACCAAGGCGGGUACGACUCGGGCGAGGACGCCGACACGUCGCUCAAGGAAGAAGAGUACGCGAGCAUCCUCCGCGACCUCGGCAAGGGCGGCUCGGACGCGUACUUUGACGACGACGACAAGGACUACUUUAGCAGAAUAGACAACAUUGACGAGUUUGCGCUCUUCCUCCAGACGAUGCAUGUCCUGCAGACCGACCAGCCGCAGGCGUUCGAGAGCCUUGGGCUCGCCAACAACGCCGAGUACGCCCAGGCCUGCCAGCUCUUUACGCAUGAGAUCCAUCGCCGGCAGGCCGACUCGUCGGCGUAG